AUGAGCAGCUACUUCCGCGUCACGCUCAUGCGCUCAGCAAUCGGUCUCCCACGCCGCACCAACGACGUCCUGAAAGCCCUCGGUUUGAAGAAGCGCAUGGCCACCGUCUUCCACCCCGUGUCGCCGUCUGUGGCGGGUCAAAUCAUGAAAGUCAAGGAAUUGGUGCAGGAGGUGCAUUUGGAGCGCAAGCCGGAUCCGGGAUACUAUGUUGAGAAGACCUCCGGGGUGGAGUUUGAGGAGAAUAGAUUGGCUUGA